UGAGCCUUUAUGCGGCGUUGUCUGCCAGAGCCCAACAGUCUUCUCUGCUCCGUGGCUGUGAGGGGAACGUGGGUGGUGGGGAGUGCCGUGGGGCAAGUUGGCAGCUCGCUCAGGAUGGCAGGGCACGGGCACAGGGCAGUAAGCAGCGGGCGAGCAGGAGGGGAGAGGCCCACGCUGCAGGAAGGCCUUUUUCCCUCUUCUUCAAAGCGCUCGUUGUUGAGAUUAGAAAUGCAACGCGGUAAUCGCGCAGCUGCUCGGGAGAGACACCAGUCAGUGUUUGUGCGGGGGGAAAACAACAGCAUCAAGUCACGGCUGAUCGCGUAAAGCCGCAAUUGUUCGCCUUCCGGGCAGCGAAGAGAGGCUGCGGGGCGACGCGGUGCCCAGGGCAGCUCCGCGCGGGGCAGCAGCACGUCCUGCCGCCCCGUCCGCCCGCACCGGCCCCCCGACCCGCCACUCCCGGUCGUCCAGAGCCCUGGCCCGGAGUUCUGCCCCCCUCCCCGGACCGGCACCCCCCCACCCCCGGGGUCACGUGUGCGGCCGCGAACCCGGCGCGGGGGCGGCGGAGCGGGGAGGGGGCGGCAGGAGGAGGGGCGGCCGCGGGCGGCCAUGGCCUGGCCGUGCAUCAGCCGCGUGUGCUGCCUGGCGCGCUUCUGGAGCCAGCUGGACAGGUCGGACCUGGCCGUGCCGCUCACCAUCCGCAACUACUCGGACAUCGAGGAGCAGGAGGACGCGCCGCCUCCGCCGCCGCGCCCGCCCGCCGCGACCCCACGUCCGCGGCCCGGCCCCCGGUGCCCUCGGAGCUGCCCGAGCGCGGGGCGGCCCCUCCGCGGUGGUCGGGCCGGGGUCGCGCGGACGAAGCCCCGCAGUGCCCUCGGAGGGGCGCGGGGAGAAGCCGCUCCGCACCGCGCGUUCUCACGGGCGUUGAUGACUGGCUGCGAUCGCCAGGUCCCCCCGGCGGCGGGGCUCGCUUCGUGGCAGAGGCGGGAUCCUGCGGGAGGGGAAAGCGCUCGUGGUGCGUGCAGGCAAGAGUAUCGCCCUUGGACUGGAGCAAAACCAUCCAAGCCUGUAAAGACAAAGCAAAGCUUCAUUAUCCCAGAUGACCGUUUUGUUCAGGAGACAAGUUACAAGGCAGACUAUAAGCAGAUCCCAGAAGUGAAGACCAGGUUCUCCCCCAAUCCUUCUGCUGUUUUCCAGGCACCGUCGCGGAUCCUCAACGUGUGACACUGGGCCUUCCUCGCACCAUUGCAGCGGUGCUUCCAGCUGGAUGUGUCACUAUGCAAUUGUCAUGAGGAGCUAGGAUCAGAGAACCAGUGUUACCAGAAGCAGCUCUGGUGACUGGGGAUGAGCACGCUUUUUCUGUUAACGCACAGACUGUAAAGCACUCCAUUCAGAGCCAGCACUGCACGCGGCAAGGGGUGACCUAGUUCCGUAGGGAGUGGGUUCCUCGCUGUGCCAGGCGGCAUCACGCUGGGAGGCUGGCUGGGCAGCAGAGCCAGCAAGGCAGGCAGCAGCCCUCUGCUUUGCUACAUACGGCAGGAGGGAAAGGUCACAAACGGGACCAAGAACUAAAACCAAACCCCCAAAAGCAGCACAGGGGAGGGAGCACCUGCCUUACUUCUCUGCUUGUAGAGCGGCCUCCUGCACACACUUCACCACGAGAGCCCAGCACAGGAGAGGGCUGCUCCAAACCUGCAGUGUUGCUGUAGCAGCUAGCAGCUUCUCAGGGCUGUGCUGGAGGGGCUGUGUGUGCAGGGGAGCACGCACCGCCCUUCCGAGGGUGUAGAAUACUUGUGGGUUGGAUGUAAAUAUUGCACCCGGAUUUUACCUAAAGCAAUUUGUGAUCCUUUAAGGAGGAGGAUGUGCUUCUACUUUUAAUAACUGUUAACUCGUUGCAUAUGCAAGGUGGAAAGUAUUGCCUUGAAAUACCUAAGUUACUGCCUGCCUAUCGGUGAUGUUAACGUUAGCGCUAGGAGCAACCAGAAGUGAAUGUUACUUAGAAACUCUUCUUAAAGAAAAAUGUAACAUAGAAUGUAAGACAUCCCUUGUUGCUAAGAUAGACCAUUUUCAGUGUCAUUACUCUGAAGCUGAUUUUUAUAGGUUGGUGAGGACUUCAGCUUUUGCUGAGAUACGUGUGUUUUAAGAAACCAUCCUUUUUAGCCGCUGUUCAUCCAGACCACCAUGGGUUUACAGUUUCUAUCUCAAAAACUUAUGCAAUAUAACGAGUCUGCUCCUUAUUGCCUGUUUCUACCAAUUGUUUUGGAGAAAAAAAAUGCAAAACUUUCACUUUCUACAUUCAAAAGAUACAAAUGUGUUGGCUAAAAUGAAGGGCAGCAUCUCACACCGAAUAAUCAGAUAGGUAUUAAUCUGUAACCACACAGGCUCACGCUGGGGAUUCUCUCUUCACCUUCCCCCAGCUGAAGCCAGUGGCAGAUUUAAUGAGCUCUGGGGAUUCUGCAAACAUGCAGCCAGUGCUGAUAAUUCCGAUAAGAAGAGCAUUGGAAGCGUCAGCAUGUGGAUGCACAGGAUUCAUCUAGAAAGCAUCUUCUCACUGUGUUAGGUGAGAAUAUGAUGUUCCUGGCAGCAGCGCAGCUUUGGGCUGGGGGGUGCAGUGUGUCGGCCCCUCACCCUUGUUUUUGGGCCCCCAGGAAGUACAGUAACAGCAGUGCUUGUCAAAACCAUUUUUCAGGAGACUCAUUUCUCAAGAAAUGCACCCAACGCAUUUGAACUCUGCUAAAGGUUUUGCAUGGCAUGUGUUUCUAAGGAAAAAUGAAUCUGCUCGAUUAAUCUCUUUGUAAUGUUUUUAACUGUUUUGUUCAAUUUUGGUUCGUUUCAAUCCUGGAUUUUAUUACCGGAAAAAAAAAAGACGCAUUGCCUAUCCUGUCUGCCUUGUUAAUUCACUCAAUUUCUACAAACAUCAACUUGGUUGUAAACAAACAGAAUAUAAUGAGCUUGUAUUUUAUCAAAGGUACUGGAUUUAAUUUAAUAAAUUGAGAUGUAUUUUG